AAUGGGCAUGGACAGGGAUGUAUUUUGAGUUUGACAUGCAAGAGGCUUUUAUCAUCUUCUUCCACAACUCCACGCCUCAAGAGAGAAGAUUUCCCAUAUAUAUUACACCACUCCUCUUUCUCUCCAUGGAAGGUCACCACCCUCUCUCUCUCUCAACACACAUUUUUUUUCUUGAUUAUUUUGUAAAUGUGGAAGUUCUUUUGAUCUCAUAUCUCAUUUGUUUAAUUCCUUUAGUUGACGAAUGGUCAAAACACUAUCCAAAUUAAAGAGGGCGGUGGUUUUCAUGAAAAGUACUUUCAAAAUUCCCUCCUAUUUUUUUUGAGUUAGUUUCCUAAGUAUAGUAUGAUAGGCAGUUUUUCAUCUAAAAAUAUACUAACACUCUUACUAAAUAUUUAAAUAUUUCUCUUUUAUCGACUAAGUAAUAUAGUAAUGUAAAAAAAUACUCCCUCCGUCCCGCACUACUCGCACUUAUUUCCUUUUUGGGCGUCCCAAGUUACUUGCACUCUUUCCAUUUUUAGUAAAAAUUUUCACCUACAACCGUCAUUUUUGACUUUCAUAUACACUCAUUCCUUAAUCUCCGUGCCGAAAAGGAAAGGGGCGAGUAGCCCGGGACGGAGGGAGUAUGAUCUAUGAGAAUGAGUUAAAAGAGUGGGAAUGAUGAUAAGAGGUUCGGACUGGAAAGAGCAGUUAUCGGGAAAAGGAGCAGAGAGAUACAGAAGUCAAAACCUCCCGAACCGCACAAGCCCUGGAGCCUACGAGCUCGGCAUCGCCACCUCAGCUUCCCGCAACCUCGACUCCGCCUCCGUGAUCCCCAUCUACACCGGACAAGCCAACAAUGUGAGGGCGAGGCUGCAGAGCUACGGCCGCAGCGGCGCUCAUUUAGCCUCGCUAUUUGCCAUUCGAGGCCUUUCAAUCGUUUACCGUUGGGCCCCUAUGGAAAGCAAGGAGGCGGCGCAGAGGAUGGAGGCUGAGCUGCUUCACUCGUACGACUACGCCUGGAAUAAGAGAAACAAUGGCGAUCGUCGCCCUCACCAUAUACAAUUAUUUCUCACCCACAAACUAUCACAAUUUCAACUCUCCACUUUUUUCGCUAUUUUACUAUAUUUUAAAUGCUCUAUACUUUUGAUUUUGCAGGCCACCUAACUGAAUACUUCCACUCCCAUUAUACUCAUAAUAUUACUGUCUUACACUCACAAGUUUGUAGCUUAUGUGUUGUAAUUUUGUAACCAUAGAAAAUUAUUUUGUAAAUCCCUUAUCCAAUUACCGUAGUUCCUUCUUCAAAUAAGUAGGGAAU